UCUUGUGUUUGAUUUGCACUUUGUUGUACGUCGCUCUGGAUAAGAGCGUCUGCUAAAUACCACGUAAUGUAAUGUAAAAAGCACAAGGUAGUUGCGCACCACAUUCCUUCAGGCUCACGCACCCUCGAGAGCGAUUGACAGUCCGGCUUACUCAGUUUGCCAGCUUCGUAUGUGUCCAGGAUUUUUACUGGACUGAGGUGGCAACCCUAGUUUGGACUGCGAGUUUCAACAGCAGCUACAGUUUAGUUUAGUUUAGGGAGGGGCUCUCCCUCCAGCUGUGGAGCUACGGCGGACUUCCCCAGACGGAAAGGCAGACGCGAGCUUCGCCUCGCAGCAGUCCGGUCGAGGCGGUCUGAGCAUGGCUUGCAAUGAAGGCUUCGUGUGGUCCCUGAGCUUGACGCUCGUCUUCGUCGGGGUGAUGUUCUUCCUCCGGCAGAGGACAGUGCGCACUCGCUACGGGCGCUACUUGGAACCCUCUGUGGUAUGGCUGGUUCCUGGCCGACUGGCCUGGUUCGUCCAGGAGUUGCCCGCUUUUCUGAUCCCUGCUGUCAUGGUCCUCACGGCACAAGCUCCAUCCAGACUGGGACGGAGCCUUCUGCUCUGCACCUUCUGCCUGCACUACUUCCAGAGGACAUUCAUCUUUUCGUUGCUGAUCAACGGCCACCCUCUUGCUCUGAAGACGGUGGUCUCUGCUAUUGUGUUCUGCUCCAUCAAUGGCUUGGUCCAGGGCCAUCAUCUCCUCCACUGCUUCCAGUACACACAGACCUGGUUGACGGAUAUCUGCCUCGUGAUUGGCUUGAUAUUAUUUUAUCUGGGAAUGGCCAUAAACAUCCACAGUGACCACAUUCUGCGCUGUCUGAGGAAGCCAGGGGAACUCACGUACAGAAUUCCUACAGGUGGACUGUUCGACUACGUUUCUGGUGCCAACUACUUUGGUGAGAUCAUAGAGUGGCUUGGCUUUGCCAUCGCCACUGGCUCCUUCCCAGCAAUCUCCUUCGCCUUCUUCACCUCGUGUUCAAUCGGACCUCGAGCCUGCCACCACCACCGGUUUUACAAAGAGAAAUUCAGUGAUUACCCCCCGUCUAGGAAAGCUUUGAUUCCUUUCAUCUUUUGAGAGGACAGGAAGUACUAUGACAUCGCUGUUCAAGGCAGCGAUGGUCAGACCCGCCCUCCUCUUUAAUCAUAUAACAUGCACUUCAGAGCGUAAUUAUAUGUACACGCAGUGAACAAUAUAUCAGCUUGAUAAUGCAAAUAUAAUAAUUGAGUGUAUUAUUGUAUCAUAUUUUUUUUUGCACAUAAAUUACUGCUUCAGUUAGUCCCACAAUCCAACAAUCAUGAAAUGUCUGUUCUUUUGGAACAGAAGGCAAAACAAAAGCUAAUAGCUUCUCAGUCUGUUGGACUCUGUAGGGAUUACUUGGCAUGGAGCAGUCAGAUAAACAUUGUUUUCAGAACAGUCUUCAGCCAGACCGGCUGUUGUUGUGUUGCUAAGGAAGUGUAUUGGUAAGAAGUGAUGAAUUCCCAAUGUGUCUACGUUGGAAUAGAAGCCAGAUCGCAUUGUCUACAGCCUGUUUGGGUACAUGUUUUAGCCCUUUGGUGCACAAGCUAUGCAGAGAUAGAAAAUAGGAACUCAGUUGGGUAAGCUUUGAGAGCACAUGUGCUGGAUUUGAUAUUAUUCCAGUCCAGUGAGCAUGAUGCCACUCCCACUUAUCCUGGCUGGUUGAAAUACUUGAAAAUUGAGAAAAACUAUUUGCCAAGACCCUGCAAAUGAAUAUAGUGCAUUGCAUACAACAUAAAGCAAUCGCCAGUUGCUCCCUGGCUUCCCAGCAUGUAAAACGCUGGAAUCUAUCAUUAGGGACAAACUGGAAUUAUUUAUUGAAAAUAGCAACAUUGUAAGGGACAGCCAGCAUGGUUUCCAUAAGGGUAGGCCAUGCCUGAUCAUGACAAACCUUUUGGCAUUCUUUGAGGAAGCUACCAAUGAUUGUUUCAUGAUAGCACGGCUUAUGAUACUGUAUACGGAGACUUCCAAAAAGUAUUUGAUAAGGUACCGCAUGUCAAACUCAUUAUCAAAAUGAGGACGGGAAUUACAGGAGCCAUUUCGGACUGGGUUCGGAAUUGGCUACGUGAUAGGGUAUGUGGGAAGUAUUUGAUUGAGGCUUUUAAAUUCAUUAAAGGGAUUACCAAAGUGAAUUAUAGGUAAUUCUUUAGGUUGGGAUCGGUUAGCAGAACGAGAGGGCACAAAUAAUGGUAACUGGAUUUGUGCCUGUAAAGAUAGUAGAAAGCUUUUUUUCACACAGCAAGUUGUCAAUGUGUGGAAUAGCUUGCCAGGACAUGCAGAGGAGACUUGAUACGGUGUUAGAUUCUAUUUAGCUUUUAGGCAAACUAAGCAGUAGGUACACUUAGUGGUAGGAAAAGGCAAGCAUUUCUGGGCUGAAUGCCCCGUUCACGUCAUUACCUUAUGUUAUGUUACACUAUUAUUAACUUCUUAGAUGGUUGAAAAGUAAACAUUAAUUCUCAAAGCCCAAUGGGAACUUACGGGUUAACACUGCAUUUCAACUGAAUGCUUGAAGCCAAGAGAUUGUCCAGUCUUGACAUCAUAUCCUGUCCAGUUCUUUUCCUCUUGCCUCACACAGACCACAGGUAAAGGCCGCUUUAAGCAUUUCCUCCUCACACCACAAUGACACAAUGGUAGGACUGCAGUACAUUUAAUGCAGACAGUUUACACAUUAAACCACACUAAAUUAAUUCAUAAGUAAAAUUAAUGCAUUUGAAAUGGGCUGGUGUUCUGGGUAAAUAAAACAUUCCCUUCCAAGUUCCCUGGCCAACAGCCAAACAAAGCAACACAUUGUCAGUUUCCUCGGUUUCCUUGUUGGAAAGUACAUAUACAAGUAUACGAUGUAUGUGUAUAUGCUGGGAAAUUCAGAAUUUUAUUUGUCGCUAUUUCUGCACUUAAAAGACCUGAUAAAAUAUAUAUAACAAAAUAUAUAAAUAUCAAAUAUAACCAGCUAUUCUGGUAAAGAAGCACCAAGUAAAAUUUGGUAGCUAUAUCUUUAACAAAAUCGCUUAUGUAGCAUGGAGAAAGAAGAUUGACCUGAAUGUUUUUUUUAAAACACAAUUUUCUUUCCUCCAAACUUUUGUAAUUAUUAAUUAUUAUUAAUACUUUGCAGUACUGUCACCUACAAUAGUAAUAGUAGAAUUGUAAUAGCAAAACUAGUUACAGCACCACAACAGCGUAAGAUCAACCAAUUAUUACCAGUCAAUGCUGCCAUCUAGUGUUGAAAUCUUAGUACUACAUUCAUUAUGGUGAAGGUCCCUGUGUAUGCUGGUUUUUGUUUCAACCACAAUUGCAAUCCUGUUAAAUUGUCAAAGCUGUAAAUUUUUGUUAAUUACUCUUUUGGUGUUUGGAGGGAGUAUUUACCCUCUUAAGCCAGAUUGUGCUAUAUUUAGCAAAACAGCUUUGCAUGCCACAAACAAUAAAACAUCCGUGUUCAUA